AUGGCUGAACUGGUCAACUACAGGGUUAUCGUUGGAUGCAUCUACGGGCUAUUCAGAGGGGUUUCGUUGUGUCUCCAGAAACAAAUCCUCCGUAGCCCUCAUUUUGACAAUGGUCUCCAAAAGCAGCAGGUGCUGUGCAGCAGAGCCAGACUGGUCACUUACCUCCCAGGGCUUCAUGUGUUGGUGCAUCGUGUGGCUGGAACCAGAGCCUCCUCUACUGCUGGAUCCUCAGGCUCUGAUGAACCCCAUGUAGCCAUAGGUCCCUCUAAAACGAGACUAGGAACAGUGUGGCCUGAUGAGUCCAUGGAGCUGCUUUUUGGACCCCAAGACCAGCGUUUCCAGCUGCCUGGUAAUGUGGGGUUCGACUGCCACCUGGAAGGAUUGACAGAGCAGAAGAAUAACUUGGAACACAAGAUGAUCCCUGAUGUGCUGUCUUCCCCAUCCAGCAGUGAGAGACAUGAUCUAAUUCUGGCACAGAUAAUUGGCGAGUUCUUUGAGAAAGAUAAGCUGGCCUCUUCUCAGAGUGUCAGUAGAGCUGCGCAGUACUUCGACCACUCCAGUCUGGAGUGUGCCAUACAGUCCUGCCCUGAACUACUAAAGAAAGAUUUCCAGUCCAUGUUUCCUGAGGCUCCAUCUUCUGGUAUGAUGGUGGUCACAGUGACCCAAAAGACGCAGAAUGAUAUGACAUUAUGGUGUGCUGAGGUGGAACGGGAGAGAGAACAGAUGCUUGAUAAGUUUAUUGAUGGAGCUAAAGAGAUCUGCUACGCUCUGCAGAGAGAAGGAUUCUGGGCUGACUUUAUCGACCCGUCCUCAGGCCUGGCGUUCUUUGGCUCGUACACCAACAACACACUGUUUGAGACGGAUGACAGGUACCGUCACCUGGGCUUUCAGAUCGAGGACCUAGGCUGCUGCAGAGUGAUCCGGCACUCUCUGUGGGGGACACAUGUUUUUGUUGGGACAAUAUUUACCAAUGCAUCACACAACAGCCUUAUGAAAAAAUUGCAGGGCAGCUGAACCCAGAGAUCUUGAAACUGUCAAAACGUCUAUAGACUUUUUGGUGAUGGUAAUCUAAGACUGCAGCCUCAUAAUUUUAACAGCAUAAACAGAAUCUGAGUUUUUA